AUGCUGAACAAAAUAUCUACCCCAGUCACCCGAGUUAGUUUCGAUACCUACUUGGAACUAAUAACCGGCAAGUCUUUAGUCAAUAACAUGGUAAUAGAGGAAACGGGAGAUUUAUUUGACGCACCAUUAAACUACAGUAUCACGCAUUACAUAUCACAAGACGUAAAAAUGAGCCAGGGCAUGGCUAUUAUGUUUCGCAGAAAAUUUGGAAACGUAGAGAUAUUAAAAAGUCAGCAUCCCAAAAUUCAUGGAGUAUUGUACAUACGUCAAGAAAAUCGAUACAUUCUGUAUAUGGUGACGAAACCAAAGUACUGGCAAAAACCAUCUUUGGAGGAUAUGUUCCUGACCGUACAGAACCUCAAAUUUGUGUGCAUUGAACUAAAUAUCAAAAAACUAGAAAUGCCCCGCUAUGGCAGCGGAUUCGACCAAUUGGAUUGGUUAUCCAUCCGAACCAUGAUCCGGUUUAUAUUCAAGGAAACAGACAUAGAAAUUCAUUUUUAUUCGCUAACGGAGAUAAAACAUGCAGAAAAACAAGAAAUCAUUGCCAAACACCAUUCCAGCAUCUUAGGAUAA